AUGUCUUGGGAGUUUACCGUCUAUACUUCUGCAGCCUCGCAGUGGGCCCAGGUGGCGCAUCUGGCAUUGGCCCAGAAAGGCGUCUCUGAAGACAAAUACGACAUCAAGGAGAUUGCACUCAUGACGGGAGGCAAUUUCGAUCCCGAGUAUAUCAAAGUCAACCCCAACGGCACCGUGCCCAGCAUCACUUCACCAUCGCUCGACAAGCCGCUGAUCCAAAGUUUGGACGUGCUUCGAUACAUUGACGCGUUUGAAGGAGAGAGCACUUUGGUGCCUUCAGAUCCCGCUGUCAAGGCCAAGGCGCAACCCAUCCUCGAUCUUGUCCACUCGGAUGAUGCAUCAACAAACACGAUUCUCCUCCUUGCGAGAGACGACGAGGAAAUGAAGGGCAAACAGACCAGCUUCUGGAAAGACUUUGUGGGCGAUCGACAGGCGAGACUUGAAAAUGAGCAGGCUGCUGACCCAAACCACCCCUUCUACGGACCCAAAGUGCAGGAGAACGGCGGUCUCAACAAGUUCUACACCACAGAGAUUGGAGAGGAGCAUAAGAAGUUCUUCAAGAACUCGGACGAUGCCUUCAAAGCGUUUGCUCAAGUGCUAGACAAGCUCGACUCGCUGCUGGUUCUGCCGUAUGCAGCUGGGGAUGUUGUCACCGAAGCCGACUUCCAUGCUACUGUUUGGCUGGCACAUGCUCUGUUUGGAGCAGGCACUGAUGCAACUCAAAUCCAAGAUUUCAGUGUUCUGGAGAAAUUGAUUCAGAAAUCAGUCCCAAGCUUCACGAUUGGUGACAAGACAAGACAGUGGUGGGCGUCCAUCGCCGCCACUGCUGCAUUCAAAAAGGUGUAUCCCACAUUGCAUUAA